CCAAUGCGGAGCAAUAAAGCGACGGCGCAUUAAUUCGACUGGCGUGGUUCACACCCUAUUUGUCUGGCCAUUACCCACCCAUUUUUUGGCAGCCGGGAGAAGUGGGCUUUCGCUUGAAACAUUCAUUUCCCAUCCCAACAGAAAUGAGGGACCUCAAGGCUCUCGGGCUGCUAUCCAUCAUUGCAUACAUCCCUUUGCUAGUCAGUUCUCAAAGCUGUGAGAACUAUGGAUUCCAAAGCCAGUCGUCUUGUUCGUGCCCAACUGGUUUCGGUGGAUCAACCUGUUCAGAAAUCGCCUGUGGUGGGACGCUAUUCCAAGGCACGCAACGCCCACUGACCCGUACGACCUCCGGACUCGCGAAUAUCACAGCAUCUGGAUGUCGAUGUGAAGGGGGAUGGGGUGGGACUGCUUGUAAUGUUUGCCAGACUGCCAAUGCGUGCCAAAGUGCAUUUUCAUCCGUUUCGUCGGGUCUCACUCCAAGUACCGGGCCUGCUGGAAUAAGUACGAACACGACGAUGGUUUGCAAUCAGACCCCAAAGGUUUGGGCUUCCAGUCAGAUGAGUUGCAGGGUUGAGAAUCCGACUCUCAAAGCUAUCUUUCCCGGUGCUUCAUCCCUGAACAUCAUCCGUACCGCCGAUCCAUCUCUCAGUCCCUUACCCAAUGUUACCUCGUUUGGCUCCUCUGGCACGAUAUAUGCACAACUAUUCUACGACGGCCAGGAACAGUUCUAUUGCCAUGCCGACUCCUGUACACAAUCACUCGACAAAAGCGGUGCUGGCUCGGCCAACUGGAACUGCCAGAAUCUUCAGUGCACAUGCAAAACCAAUGCCGCGUUCUGUGGCGGGGUGCCAGCUUCGAAUCUCACCACGAUCCUCAAUGGUUUGAGUGGCACCGUGGCCAUCGAGUGCGGUGCCAUCGAUGGCUCCAGUAACCAGGCAUCUUGUGCGUUCAAACAGAACACUAUACAACAGGUCUUUGGUUCAAAUGGUUUGACAUUGAAUGGCUGUUCUUUCGGCGAGUGCGUUCGGCAGAAUGUGAUUGACAACAAUGCUGCCGUCUCGAAUUCCACCUCAACUGAUUCUGCUGGAGGCUCCGCUCUAAGUGGCGGUGUCAUCGCGGGGCUGGCUGUAGUUGGAGGCCUGCUCCUCAUAGCCCUGCUGUUCCUUUUGUUUGGUCUUUUCACUCAACGAAGAGCACGACGCGCAGGGUAUAGCAGCCCUGAUGGGGGAGGCAUUGCGGUGGAAUGGAACAACGUCAGCUACGCCAUUCCUAACCGUCAGGGAUGGUUCAAACGCAAAAAUUCCGAGUCUGUUAACAGUGACAAGGUCGUGUUAGACGCAGUAUCUGGUCGCGUAUUACCGGGCCAGAUGAUGGCCAUCUUGGGCCCCAGUGGCGCCGGAAAAACUUCACUAGUUGAGAUUCUAGCUGGAAAACAAAAGUCCGGUGUGAUGACUGGACAAGUGUCGUUCCCAUCUCGUAGCUCUUCUGCGGCCUCUAAACCUCGAAUCGGAUUUGUUCCGCAGCAAGAUGUCCUUCCUCCUACACUUACGGUCUACGAGGCUCUUCUCUUCGCUGCAAGGCUUCGACUUCCCGAGGGUCUAUCCGAUGUGGAAAAACAAGAACGAGUUGAGAUACUCAUGGAAAAACUUGGCAUUUCACAAAUAAGGAACACUCGCAUCGGUUAUGGAGCCGAUGCCAGUGGGAGUCGAUCAAGAGGUAUCAGUGGUGGUGAGAUGAGGCGGGUCAGUAUUGGUUUGGAACUGAUAGCAAGUCCGGAUAUCUUGAUACUCGAUGAGCCUACAUCAGGGUUGGAUUCCGUUUCAGCUUGGAGGGUGGCUAAUGUCUUGCGCUCAAUUGCUCAUGAUCCUUCAAAUCCAACUGCUGUCAUCGCUUCCAUACACCAGCCCAGUUCUCAACUAUACCAGUCGUUUGAUACUAUUCUUGUCCUUGCACAUGGGCACACUUUGUACGGUGGUCCGGGCGGACUUUCCCCUAUCGACUACCUUGCGAACUCCGAUGAGGGUGUUCCACAUUACCAGCAAGGAUAUAACGUAGCAGAUUACCUUUUAGAGGUAGCGAGUGAUCCUCCCCUUGGGUUAUUACAACACAAGAAGGAACAACAGCAGUGCGAGAGCCUCGAAAACGGACCCGGACAUCCCAACAACGACAAACUUGAGGUUGUGGAUGAGAAGUCCACAAAUGGACUCGCAAAGGAAGGAUCACAUGUGGCUUUGGUCGAUGGGGGAGCAAAACUUUCUCGUUCGAAGUACAGCACGACAUUUUUGACCCAAUUGCAAUACCUCUCUGGACGGGAAUGGAAGAUACUUCGGAGGGACAAGACCUUGUUCUUCACGCAUGUAGUCGUCGCUUCGGUACUUGGUGUCUUCUGUGGCGGAUUGUACUUCCACACAGACACUAGCAUAGCUGGAUUCCAAUCGAGAGUCGGAUGUCUAUUUUUCCUGGGUGCACUCAUUGCCUUUUCUUCUUUGAGCGCUCUCUACAACAUCGUCGAGAUACGACCUCUAUUUCUUCGUGAACGUUCGAGUCUAUAUUACAGUCCUACGGCAUGGCUACUCUCUCGCUUUCUAUUCGAUGUCAUACCGCUGCGCAUCAUCCCCACGAUUAUUGUCUCGACUAUAACGUACUGGAUGGCAGGUUUAGCUCAUGAAGCCGCGAACUACUUCAAGUUCCUGUUCAUCUUGGUUCUGUAUACCUUGGCCAUGACCCUCUUUAACUUCCUCCUCGGUACUCUAUUUCACAACGGAGGCAUAGCAAUAUUACUCUCUGCUUUGACCGCUCUCUAUCAGAUGACCUACGCUGGGUUCUUUGUCCAUCUGAAUUCCAUUCCACCGGUGCUACGAUGGCUUCAAUGGCUAUGCCCGUUGAAAUACUCCCUCGAAGCGCUGGCGGUCAAUGAGGUCGGCUCAGGGUUGAUGAUUCAGGAUACCCUUCAAGGUGUCCCAGUCAAUGUCUCCGCGAGCCUGAUUAUGAACUUGUUGUUUGGCUUCGGGUCGAAUAAUUACUAUCGUGACGUCCUUGUCCUUUUCGCCUUCAUAGCUGGCUUUGGGUUAAGUGUCAUUGGUGUUGUGUGGCUGAAGGUUCGGGAACGGCGGUGAAACGUAAGUGGUGUAGUCUCUAUUUUGUGGUCGUUCUUGGGGCUCUCGGACUUGUUUCUAUUCCUGUAAAAUACUUGACUUGUUGAUAUUUAUCCUGUUUCCCUCUCAUUUUUUCUCGUUGACC